CAUUGAACAAUUCCUGUUCGGCGAGUCGCAAGGUCGCAGAGUCGCCAGAGCUAGAGACGCUCAGCGGCCCAGACGCCCGCAGCCCCGCACCGCCGCAGCCCCCCGCCUCCCGACGCCUCUGUCUGACUUUCUGCAUCUCCACUUCUCAGCCUCUGGGAGUUCUGGGCCUCUGGCUGCCUUCUGCUAAUCGCCCCAGCAGAUUUAGCCGCGAUGCAUAGAUAGGGGGCCGUAAUCCCCAAGCUAAGACCGGAUCAGAUGAACUCUCUGGGCCUGCUUUUGAGUACAUACCUAAAGUCAAAGGUCCAUUUUUGUGUGCAUGCACAUGCGGUUCUGGUUUGAUAAGCUGAGUUUGUAUUCAGAAACUUAAAUAAUUGCUGCUCUAUUUAAACUGAAGAGAAGAAUAAAAUGAGAUUACUGAAAGUGGCUACGUGUAAUCUUAACCAAUGGGCCAUGGAUUUUGAUUGCAACAUGAAGAACAUAAAGGAUUCCAUUUCUAGGGCAAAAGUGGCAGGAGCUAUGAUCAGGCUCGGCCCUGAGCUUGAAAUCACUGGAUAUGGAUGCGAGGAUCACUUCUUUGAGCUUGACACCAUCUCUAAUGCGUGGGAUUGCUUAAAAGAAUUGCUGCUAGGUGAUUGGACAGAUAACAUAUUAUGCAGUUUUGGAAUGCCAGUUGUUAAAGGAUCAGAGCGCUACAACUGUCAAAUAUUGUGUCUUAACAGGAAGAUAUUAAUGAUUCGGCCCAAAAUGUGGCUAGCAAAUGAUGGAAACUAUAGGGAACUUCGAUGGUUUACAGCUUGGAAGCACAGAGAUGUUGAGGAUUUUCAGCUCCCAAGUGAUGUUUCUGAAGCUUUGUCUCAGUCAAUUGUUCCAUUUGGCUAUGGAUAUCUUCAGUUUUCAGACACAGCUGUUGCAGCUGAAGUUUGUGAGGAACUCUUUGUACCUUCACCACCUCAUGCUGAACUUGCACUGAAUGGAGUUGAAGUAUUUAUGAAUGCAAGUGGAAGUCAUCAUCAGCUAAGAAAGCUGGAUCUUCGCAUGCGAGCUUUUGUAAGUGCCACUCACACACGUGGAGGGGUUUACAUGUACAGCAAUCAACAAGGAUGUGAUGGUGGUCGACUUUAUUUUGAUGGAUGUUCUUGUGUUGUUGUGAACGGAGAUAUGGUAGCUCAAGGCUCACAGUUCUCUCUGAAGGAUGUUGAAAUGGUGUUUGCUGAAAUUGAUUUAGAUGCGGUUGCUAGUCUUAGGACAUCUACCAGUAGUUUCCAAGAGCAAGCUAGUUCGAAAUCUAAAGUUUCUGCAGUGGGCAUUCCAUACAAACUUUGCAAGUCCUUCAAUCUCCAAAGGUCACUUUCUAGUCCUCUUGAGACUAGGUAUCACUCUCCUGAGGAGGAAAUAGCACUUGGGCCUGCUUGCUGGUUAUGGGAUUAUUUAAGAAGAAGUGGCGCGUCUGGUUUUUUACUCCCACUUUCAGGUGGUGCUGAUAGUUCCUCUGUUGCAGCUAUAGUUGGUUCGAUGUGCCAGCUUGUAGUUAAAGAAAUUGCAAAUGGGGAUGAACAGGUCAAGGCUGAUGCGAUGCGAAUUGGCCAGUACACUGAUGGACAGUUCCCAAUAGAUAGCAAAGAAUUUGCUAAGCGUAUAUUUUAUACGGUUUUCAUGGGGUCUGAAAAUAGUUCUGAAGCCACGGCAUCACGGGCAAAGCUUUUGGCAGAUGAAAUCGGAUCAUGGCAUCUAAAUGUUAGCAUAGAUGGAGUAGUUUCUUCUCUGAUCUCUUUGUUCUAUACACUUACAGGGAAGCGUCCACACUACAAGGUAGAUGGGGGAUCUAGCAUUGAAAACUUGGGCCUGCAAAAUAUUCAAGCUCGAGUCAGAAUGGUCUUAGCAUUCAUGCUUGCAUCACUCUUGCCAUGGGUUCAUAAUAAACCAGGAUUUUAUUUGGUAUUAGGUAGCUCCAAUGUAGAUGAAGCAUUGCGUGGCUAUCUAACAAAGUAUGAUUGCAGUUCAGCUGAUAUAAAUCCAAUCGGAAGUAUUAGCAAGAUGGAUCUUCGAACAUUUCUGAGAUGGGCAGCCAUUCAUCUUGGAUACUCAUCCUUGGUAGAUAUUGAAGCAGCUCCUCCCACUGCUGAAUUGGAGCCUAUACGCUCUAACUAUAGUCAGCUAGAUGAAGUGGACAUGGGAAUGACAUAUGAAGAACUCUCAGUUUAUGGAAGAAUGCGUAAGAUUUUCCGGUGUGGACCUGUAUCAAUGUUUAAGAACCUCUGCUAUAAAUGGGGUACGGUGUUGUCUCCAAAGGAGGUGGGCGAUAAAGUGAAGUACUUCUUCAAGUACUAUGCCGUUAACAGACACAAGAUGACUGUGUUAACACCUUCAUAUCAUGCCGAGAGUUACUCGCCAGAGGACAACAGGUUUGAUCUUCGACAGUUUUUGUAUAAUGUGAAGUGGCCUUACCAGUUCCGGAAAAUCGACGAACUUGUGAAUGAGCUUGAUAGUGACCAAGUUGCAAUCACAAAAACAGCAGUCGGUAGUGGUGGUAUGGGUGUUGUGGCAGCUGGUUCAGACAACCCAAGCGCGGGGAUUUAAGUUUCUCCUCUCAUCCCAUUAUUUAUGUUAUGAUCGGUGCGUGGCCUCACGGCUCCUCCCAGGGGCCUACAUGGAUGGGGUAAAUAACAAGACGGGUGAAAGUUAGCGAUCUCAUUAAUUAUUUUUGUGAUGCAUGUUCAGGUGUCUUAUUUGUUAGUAGUUGCUCUCAUUAAUAAAGAGAUCACAGACACAUCUUAGAGAUUUUGUUUUAUAUUCUGCUUCAUCAUAGUCAUCACCACCUUCUUCCAACUACAUUGGGGAUAGGACGAAAGAUACCAUUUAUAUGGAUAGAAUGUUAGAUUGCUGUUAGCUGAAGCAUGCCUUGAUUCAAACUAAAAAUGGUUGUAGUUACCCUUGUAGUGCAGAAAGUUUGAACAUCUUGAUGGUUGUGCUCUUAUACUAUAGUAAGAGCACAUUUCUCACUUUACACCCAAUUUAUUCUCUGUGUUGUAAUUUUUAUUGAUAUUUUAAUAUUUUUUAAUGUAUUAAGCCUGU